AUGAACAAAAUAAAAUCAGAGCUACGUCAAAAUUUAUUUUGGAUGUUCAGGAUAUUGAUGAUAUUCUUCAAGCUUAUCGGUCUCACUACAUUCGCCCAUCAAAUCGUCGUAUACAAAAAGAGAACGUCAUACACAUUUCAGUAUUCCAAAUUAGGAUUCGUUUACAAUGUUGUGCUGAGUAGCUUAAUGAUAGCUUCGAACUACAUGACUAUACCAUUGAGACUUAAUUGGGAGUACAAGAUCAAGUCGAAUUUGACUGUAGGCAUCGCGGUCCUUCAAAAUGUACUUGGUGCCCUGAUGAUUUGCGCGAUUUUGAUUAGCUACUGCGUCAAACAGAAGUCCUUGUUGCGGAUCACCAAUCGAUUAAUCACCAUCGAGCACGAGAUGGAUCGUCUGUAUGAUCUAUAUCAUCCGCUACGACGACAGCGUAUCUUCUGCACUAUUAUCAUCGUUUGCAUCCUGAAGAUUUGCCUACUGAUGCUUCUCCUAUUCACUGAUAAUCUGGCUUUGGGUUCGAACCCAGUCUCAUGGCUGACAGACGUUCUGCCGACAUUUCACGUGGGUUGGUUACUGAUACAGUACUUCCUGUUUGUGACGGUCAUUCAGACAAAUUUCGCUGAUGUGAAUCGAGCGAUACAAAGUCUUACUAGGAUCAAUGCACCUGAUCUUCGACUGCAGUCUCUCUAUCAAACUCGUCGUAUCAUAAUGAACAAUUCGAUCGUUUAUCAAAUGUUGCAACUGCGAGAUGUGCAUUGUCAUCUCUGUGAAAUCUCUGAAGAUGUGUCGAGUUUCUAUUCACUACCAGUAUUAUUCGGCGUCGUUUUUCUCUUUCUGACACUCAUAUAUAAUGGUUACUUUCUUUUCUGGAUUCUGUUGAUUACUGAUGAUAUCUUAGAAUAUGAGACUCUUAGUAGUAGCAUCGUCUGGAUAAUAUUUGUGAUUUAUCCCAUCUUUCUCCUCUCCAACAGAAUUACUAGGAUUUUAAUCGAGGUAGGAUAA